GGUGCUCAGCAGCCUGCUCCCCUUGUUGUGGCAAAGCCGUUAGAGACCUCUGCUCCCCGUCACUCGUUUACACAGCUCAGAUGAGAACAAACUGCUUGAAAUUUCUCAUUUCCCAUCACGGCCCAUGCUGUAAUCAGAAUGACCCACUCAUCAAGAAUUCAGUUUCAAAACCAUAAAAGGGAGUACAGAGGUAGUUUUGCAGAGAAGACUUACGAGUGGAGCUCGGAGGAGGAGGAGUCUGUGAGGAAGGCAGGACCGGUGCAAGUCCUCAUCGUCAAAGAUGACCAUUCCUUUGAACUGGACGAAGCCGCGCUGAACCGCAUCCUCCUCUCAGAGGCUGUCAGAGAUAAAGAGGUCGUGGCUGUGUCCGUUGCUGGAGCUUUUAGGAAAGGGAAGUCGUUCCUGAUGGACUUCAUGCUGCGGUACAUGUACAACAAGGAAGCUGUGGACUGGGUUGGAGAUUACAACGAGCCUCUGACUGGUUUCUCCUGGAGGGGAGGGUCUGAGCGGGAGACGACUGGCAUUCAGAUAUGGAGUGAGAUUUUCCUAGUGGACAAGCCUGAUGGUAAAAAGGUUGCAGUGCUGCUGAUGGACACGCAGGGGACCUUUGACAGCCAGUCCACCCUGCGGGAUUCGGCCACCGUGUUUGCCCUUAGCACAAUGAUCAGCUCGAUACAGGUUUAUAACUUGUCCCAGAACGUGCAGGAGGAUGAUCUGCAGCACCUGCAGCUUUUCACCGAGUACGGACGGCUGGCCAUGGAGGAAACGUUCCUGAAACCUUUCCAGUCCCUUAUAUUCCUCGUGCGCGACUGGAGCUUCCCUUACGAGUUUUCCUAUGGAUCCGAUGGCGGCGCAAAGUUUUUGGAAAAACGUCUCAAGGUCUCAGGAAAUCAGCACGAAGAACUGCAGAAUGUCAGAAAGCACAUCCACUCCUGCUUCACCAAGAUCUCCUGCUUCCUCUUACCUCACCCCGGCCUGAAGGUAGCCACCAAUCCUAACUUCGACGGAAAGCUGAAAGAAAUAGACGAUGAGUUCAUCAAGAACUUGAAGAUUUUGAUUCCUUGGCUUCUUAGUCCCGAGAGCCUGGACGUUAAGGAGAUCAAUGGAAACCAGAUCACCUGUCGAGGCCUUGUGGAGUAUUUUAAGGCAUACAUAAAGAUCUACCAAGGGGAAGAACUGCCGCACCCAAAGUCCAUGCUGCAGGCCACAGCAGAAGCCAACAAUUUAGCAGCGGUUGCCACUGCCAAAGACACCUACAGCAGGAGAAUGGAAGAGGUCUGUGGUGGGGACAAGCCUUUCCUCGCGCCUAGCGACCUCCAGAGCAAACACCUGGAGCUGAAGGACGAGGCCGUGAAGCUGUUCCGCGGCGUGAAGAAGAUGGGUGGGGAGGAGUUCAGCCGCCGCUACCUCCAGCAGCUGGAGGCCGAGAUAGAUGAGCUCUACAUCCAGUACAUCAAGCACAACGACAGCAAGAACAUCUUCCACGCUGCCCGCACCCCCGCCACGCUCUUCGUGGUCAUCUUCAUCACUUACGUGAUAGCUGGAGUCACCGGCUUCAUUGGCUUGGACAUCAUAGCCAGUCUGUGCAACAUGAUCAUGGGCUUGACACUUAUCACACUGUGUACCUGGGCAUAUAUCAGAUACUCUGGGGAGUACAGAGAACUGGGCGCAGUAAUAGACCAAGUGGCCGCAGCGUUAUGGGACCAGGCUUUGUACAAACUGUACAGCGCAGCCGCGACCCACAGACACUUGUACCACCACGCCUUCCCCGCACAGAAAGCGGAGCCCGCCGAGGGCUCGGAGAGGAAGAAGCUGUAGGCCGGACGAGCUCCCCUCGGUGCAUGAAGGAGACGCGGCCGCUCACCGGUUAGACGCUUCCAUCGCUGUACCCAUCACGAGCUCCUGCCGCGGGAGGGGAGCGCGGAGAACAAGUCCACGCGCGCGACGGUUCAGUAUGUUCAUGCGACAACAGUGUUCGAUGGGAAGACGUAGGCAUGUUUUUUGUUUUGUUAAUAUGUACAUAUCGGCACUGCUGCGAGUACAAAGUGCUUUUAAUUUGCAAUAUCCGGCACACUUCCCAACUAAUUUAUGAAGCCUUAUUUUCCCCUUUUUAAUUAGUCACGAAGUCAUUAAAAGAAUUAUAAUUUACGUGAUACUGCAACUAAAAACCUUCCAAACCUUAGCAUUAUUCAAAAUCAUCUUAUUUUCAAAUACUUGAACAAGUUAUAACAUGUAACCAAGGGUUUUCUUCAAUCAACUAAUUACAUCAACAUAAUUAAAAAUGUAUUAACUUGCUUUAUCAGAAACUGUAAGGACACAUGCUAUGGUACGUUAACGAUAUUGUAAGGAAAGUGUACUUUUCCAUUCGUAACUGAUGCACAAAGUAUCACUUUGUAUAUGUAUUGGAGAAAGUUUCACUGUAUUUCUGUAUAUAUAUAUAUUCAUUAUAGUGCAUAGAAAGUGUGUUAAACAGUUCUAUUCUUUUAUCAUCAGAACUAUUAAAGUUUGCUUUUUGUUCC